AUGGCCGACAUCUCAGAACAAGACACUCUGAUUGCGCAAUUCUCAGGAAUUGCAGGAACUUCGUCUCGACAGGCCCGUCAGUUCCUUGCUGCUAGCGGAUGGAAUCUCGAAAGUGCAAUCGCCAGCUACUACGCCGCUCAAGAAGAUCACACUGAAGAUGCCGCAGAUGAUUCAGACUACAUGGAUGAAGAUGAAGCCGAACCCUCACAUCAGCCUCAGUCCCAAUUUGGCGCCGGUCGAAGGUUAGGUGAAGGUCCGUCCAACCCUCAACCUAUUCCUGUCGCUGCCACGUCCGGCCCCUCGCAAUCUAAGAAGAACAACUCGGCGCAAAAGAAAUUUGCUACGCUGAGUGACGUUGCCUCUGGUGGCGCCGCUGGCCACGAUUCGGACGAUGAUGACAACCAAGAUCUUUUUGCUGGUGGAGAGAAAUCAGGUCUGGCUGUGCAGAAUCCAGAUGACCUGAAGAAGAGAAUUCUAGAAAAGGCACAGAAACGUGGUCCUCCUCCAAAAGAUGCACCCACCAAAAAGUCCUAUUUCACCGGAUCGGCACGCACUCUUGGGGGUGAUGAUGCUCCGUCUCGAGAGAUUCCGGCUGCGCCUCAACCCAGAGCCCGGGCUGAGCGUGUUGAACGUGUACUACACUUCUGGCAAGAUGGUUUCAGCAUAGAUGAUGGCGAUCUGUACAGAAUCGAUGACCCGCGGAACGCAGAGAUCUUGAACCUGAUUCGGCAAGGACGAGCACCAUUGAACAUCAUGAACGUUCAGCCCGGUCAGGAAGUGGACGUGGAGAUCAAACAACACGAGGAGAAAUAUGUCAAACCGAAGAAGAAGUUCAGACCUUUCGAAGGUUCCGGACAUCGACUGGGAAGCCCAACACCGGGAGCACCGUCGAUGCCUGGUGCGUUCAGCUCAGAGCCAGUCGCCCCAGCCGCCGCUCCCGCAGCUGCACCGGCUCCUACGACCGACGUAGAUGACUCGAAGCCCACGGUCACCUUGAGGAUCAGCCUAGGAACUGGCACGAGAUUGACGUCGCGGUUCAACACGACCCAGACGAUUGGCGAUGUGUACGACUUUGUCCGCCGCGCCGAACCUGGUGGCAGAGAAUUUGUUUUGCAGACUACAUUCCCAACCACUGAACUCACGGACAAAGCAAAGAAGCUUGGAGACAUUGCAGAUUUCAAGCGUGGAGGAGCUGUGAUACAGAAGUACCUGUGA